AUGGGGGCCAACACAAUAUCUACAACGGUUCAAGAUGAAGCUGCUCGUCAAUCCUGCGAAGGGACAAGCGGAGGGGAAGAGCUUCUAUCUAGAACACGUGCAUUCUGGAAUCGAGAGACUUUUAUUGGAUCCGCGAUCUUUAACCUCCUUGCCUUUGCCCCUCCCGCCGUUUACAGCACCCUGAGUAAGCUAUGGGUCGCCAAGUUGAGCUCCAGCGAGGUAGUCACAACUGAUGUAUACACUUACAUCGGCAUCAUUGUUGAGGUUUUGAAUGAUGGUAUUCCCCGCUCUGCAUGGCUGAUUAUUGGGGACAAAUCAUCGCGAAACCUGCACUCACGGCUGAACCUUGCCUGGACCAUGAUAAUUGUCGGCGCAGCACAAGGGCUUCUGAUGACAGUUAUAUUUCUUGCAACUUCGACCAAGCUUGCAGCCGCCUUUGUCCCGGCUGAAGUGCGACAUGCUUCGCUUGCCUACGUACGCUGGUCCUCCAUCCAAGGCCUGACAUCUGCCACCGAAGCGGCGAUCUCUUCAUCGACCAGAGCGCUGGAUCAACCGGACGUCCCUUUGAUGAUCAGUACGAGCAAAUUUUUGAUCAAUAUCGUGCUAGAUUUCCUACUGAUAUCAACAUUCCGUGUUGGGAAAUUUACGCCAACCAUUGUCACACAGGCUAUUAUUCGAUUAAUUUGCGACACAUUAUCGGUGAUAGUAGGACUUCUAUACUUUGUUUGUGUAGUUGCAAGGCACAAGAAACGAGAGGCUGAUGGCCACGAACAAAUUCAAAAUAAGCCUCUCUGCACUGACAACGUUAGUUCGGCCAAGUUUAUACACAUUUACCGAGUCGGUGAUCAGGAAUUCCAUCUAUCUAUGGCUUGUCAACAGAAUAGUUCAGCUUGGAGAUCUCUAUGCUACGGCUUGGGGAAUUUUCACCACAAUCCGCUGGGGGCUCGUUAUGAUCCCUGUUCAGGCUCUUGA